AUGACAGACUCUGAUAACCUCUUGUCCUCAAUACCCUCUCACUUUCGUGAGCCGCCAGCGCUCGUGGACCAUCUCGAGACUGAGACAUCGAGGCUACAAGAAGCCACCUUGAAGGAAUGCCUUCCUCUACUCAGAGCACUCGCAGAUCCCAACCGCAGCUCUUUUGAUUUCAAUGAAUUCGGUAUACCUUCACUCGAACGAGAGGAUCAUAUCGACUUUCUUCACGAAAAUCUUGAAGAAUUUCCUGCACCUUUUGUAGGCAUAGAUGCCAGCCGGCCAUGGAUGGUCUACUGGGCUUUGUCUGCGCUUUAUAUGAUGGGAGAAGAUAUAUUGUCUUUCAGAUCAAGGGUCAUUAAAACUUUCUACACGGCUCAAAAUAAGGGUGGAGGUUUCGGAGGAGGCUACGGUCACUUGUCCCACCUCGCCGGAACAUAUGCUGCUCUACUCAGUCUUGCUCUGGUGGGAGGAGAAGAGGCAUACACCCUCAUCGACCGCGAAGCUAUGUGGCACUGGCUUGGCAGGCUGAAGCAGCGUGAUGGGGGAUUCCGAGUUACGGAAGGUGGUGAAGAAGAUGUACGUGGCGCGUAUUGUGCCUUGGUCGCCAUCUCACUUCUCAACCUUCCUCUUACACUCCCUCAAGAUUCUCCUGCCCGAGAAGCUGGGUUUGAGACAUUCUUUGAUGGUUUGGGUGAAUACCUUUCAAGGUGCCAAACUUACGAGGGGGGAAUUGGAAGUUCACCAGGAAAUGAGGCGCAUGGAGCGUAUGCAUUCUGCGUUGUUGCGUGCUUAUGCCUAUAUGACGCACCCCACAAGGCGAUAUCGAAGUAUCUCGACAUGGACUCUCUGAUUUGGUGGCUCUCUGCACGGCAGUACGGUCCUGAAGGAGGCCUUGCCGGUCGAACCAACAAACUUGUGGACGGCUGCUACAGCGGCUGGCUUGGAGGAUGCUGGCCUCUAGUUCAAGCUGCGCUGAGUGGCCCUAGUGACAACAAUCUUACGCCAAAUACAGUCAUCAGGAAAAACCUGUACAGUAGCGAGGGCUUGGCCAGAUACAUAUUGUCUUGCUGUCAAGCCAAACAGGGCGGUCUCAGGGACAAGCCAUCCAAACGUCCAGAUUCUUAUCACACCUGCUACACUCUGAUCGGCGUCAGCACUGUCGAGCAUCGACAUAGUUACAGCGAUGAAGGUCUGUCUGAACCAUUCUCAUCCGCCUUCUCAUGGAAUGCUACGAAAGCAGCAAUACCGAGUGAAGGGGAUGCGAACAGUGUAUUCGAAAGUGGUGCAAACCUGAGGGCCAUCCAUCCAGUGUAUAUGAUUCCUCAUGAGGCUGCUAAUCAGAUGAGGCAAUGGAGUCUGUCCCGCCCCCUUGGCUUAGGCGGCACCGGCACAAGAUCGAACGAGUGA